AUGUCUUCCAACCCCUCGGAUGCCACCAAGCGGAUGGCUAAGCAGGAGAGCGAAUUGAUUGACCAUAUGAAGGUCUCUGCGGCCGGUGGGGCGGUGGCGGGAGGGGGAGGGGUCCCUCCGCUUGCAGGCGGCAAGGGUUAUCAAUCCACUCAGAAUAUUCGGCAGCCCGUCGGCAGCGACUUCGCACGGCUCCCCCCUUCCCCCUCCGCCGAAGGCGCGCAGCGAUCGAACGAGAAUCUUCGCCGCGCCUUGCGGAUCAGCGAAUCCACCAACGCCACGGGCUACGCGACGAUUCACUCGCUGGGAAGGCAGCGGGAUACGAUGCAGAGCACCCUCGAGUCCGUGGAGGUCACCCAAGGGAACCUUCUGGAGUCGCAGGCGGUGAUUCGAAACAUCCGAAUGGGGAUCUACAAGGAGUGGUUGGUGAAGGCGUGCGUUAUUGUGGCGUUGGUGGGGUUAAUCGUGUUAAUUUUCUGGUCGAAGUUCAUACGAAAGUAG